AUGUUAAAAGACAUGUUGAUACGGUUGGGGAAUGAGAUAAGCUGGACAACUGCAAUUUUGCAAAAAUUAAAAACAAUUGGAUUCAUACAUGGUGGUCUUAAUCAAAUGCUCAUGGAAUUGGACUGUCCAGAGGGCUAUGUCUGCCGUGUACACAAAGGGGAUGUAUACAAAAUUGCAGACUGU